AUGUCGGAGGCUCAGGCGAGCCAUGAGACGGCCCACAGCCCUAGGCUUGAUGAGAACACGUUGCAGGUGUUUCGGGACAUGGCCAAACGUUGCCUACGAAUCCGUUCCAUCAGGGCCACAAGUACCUCGACGACAAGCCAUCUCACCCCAUGCAUCAGUGCUGCCGAGAUCCUGUCUGUGUUGUUAUUCCACACAAUGAGAUAUAAAGAGGCAGACCCAGAGAACUCAGACAACGAUCAAUUCAUCAUUUCAAAGGGACUGCCAUUUGUUAAUACGGCAACAGGAUGACCUGGGCAAGGACUAGGGGCUGCCUGUGGGACGGCAUAUACUGGCAAGUACUUUGACCAAGCCAGCUACCGGGCGUUCUGUCUUCUGGGGGAUGAGGAGUGCACAGAAGGCUCUGUCUGGAAGUCAUUGGCCUUUGCAUCCUACUACCAUCUGGAAAAUCUCAUUGUAAUCUUUGAUGUGAACUACAUUGGACACACUGGCUCCAUGACUGUUGACCACUGCAUUGCUGCUGUCCACCAGAAGCGUUGUGAAGCCUUUGGGAGGUGUGAGGCUAUGUGUCUAGGCUAUGCCACUCGUGACCAGACCAUUGUUUUUACAUGCACCUUCGCUGCCUUUUUCAUCUGAGCAGAUGAUCAGAUCCGAAUGGGAGCUAUCUUUCAAAUCAACAUCAGCCUUGGUUGCCAUUGUGGGAUAUCUACUGGUGAUGACAACUCCUAUCACAUGGCACUGGAAGACCUGGCCAUGUUCCGAGCAAUUCCCAACUGCACUGUUUUCUAUCCAAGUGAUAUCAUCUCCACAAAGCAUGCUGUUUAUUUAGCAGCCAAUACUAAGGUAUGUUUUGGGUGGGGGGUUUUCCACCAUUAUGACAAUGACAAGGUCACAAUUAUUGAAGCAGGAGUCACUCUGCAUGAAGCCUUAGUGGCUGCUGAUGAGCUCUCUAAAGAAGAUAUCUCUAUCUGUGUCAUUGAUUUGUUCAUCAUUAAACCCCUGGACACUUCCACCAUCAUUUCCAAUGCAAAAGCCACAGGUGGCCAUAUCACCUUGGAAGAACACUACCCAGAAGGUGGCAUUGGUGAAGCUGUCUAUGCAGCAGUCUCCAUGGAGCAUGACAUCAUGGUUCAUCAGCUGGCAGUGAUGGAUGUGCCUUGGAGUGGAAGAGCUGGUGAAGUACUAAAUUUUUCUGGAAUCAGUUCUAGACACAUCACUGAGGCUGUGAAAUGCAUCUUAAUGAACUAA